GGCCCGUCCCUUGGGCCCCUCCCCGGGCGGGUGUCCCGGGAGCCGAGGACUAGGACCCUGCGGCUGUAGCGGAGCGGGAGGCGGCUGGGGCUCCUGCGCAGACGGCUGGGCCGCUGAGAAGCGGGGAGCGCCGGGGAGAAUGCGUGCAUGGAGGGAUACCUUAAAGAAAAGCUCUGGGAGCCUUGCUCUGCUGCUUAUUGCUGGCAUCUGCGAGAGCAGUCAGUCUAGUACGAAGGGGACGUUGACAUUGCCCUUCCAUGAGCGGCCGGAGGAGACGCUUCCUUCGGGUUUCAGUGCCAGGAGGAGCUGUGCCACUUCGGGGCCACUGCAUAAGCUUAAGUCAUCUCAGAAGGACAAGGUCCGCCAGUUUAUGGCAUUUACUCAGGCUGGCGAAAGAACUGCCAUCUACUGCUUAACACAGAAUGAGUGGAAACUAGACGUGGCCACCGACAACUUCUUCCAAAACCCAGACUCCUUCCACAAGGAAUCCAUGAGAAACACAGUGGACAAGAAGAAGCUGGAGCAGCUGUAUAACAGGUACAAAGACCCACAAGAUGAAAAUAAAAUUGGAAUUGAUGGGAUUCAACAGUUUUGUGAUGAUUUAAGCCUAGACCCUGCCAGUAUCAGCGUUUUGGUUAUAGCAUGGAAAUUCAGGGCAGCGACCCAAUGUGAAUUUAGCAAAAAAGAAUUUGUAGAUGGCAUGACAGAGCUGGGGUGUGACAGCACAGAAAAGCUGAAAGCUCUUCUGCCAAGACUGGAACAGGAGCUUAAGGACACCGCGAAGUUUAAGGAUUUCUAUCAGUUUACUUUUACCUUUGCUAAGAACCCUGGGCAAAAAGGUCUAGAUUUAGAAAUGGCUGUUGCAUAUUGGAAUUUAGUAUUAUCUGGAAGGUUUAAGUUUUUAGAUCUGUGGAACACCUUUUUAUUGGAACAUCACAAAAGAUCAAUCCCAAGGGACACUUGGAACCUUCUGCUAGAUUUUGGAAAUAUGAUUGCAGAUGAUAUGUCUAACUAUGACGAAGAAGGAGCAUGGCCUGUUCUUAUAGAUGAUUUCGUGGAAUAUGCACGGCCAGUAGUCACAGGCAGUAAACACAGCCCUUUCUAGGCAGAAAAUGAAAAUGGAUUAGGAUUCUGAAAUGAACUGCACCCUGCAAGGAGACAUUUUGGUCAAUUUCUGUGCACACAUGUCACUGAUUUCAGAAGUCAUCCUUGACCAGUCAUCUCUGCUUAAAGAAAAUGGUGGCUGAAUUUGGACACCGUAAGGUCUCAGAAGAUAGCUGCUUGGGGAUGUCUGGAGAUGGGUCACAUACCUGUUGCUUUAGGAGAUUUCUGCAUGAUUUUUACAUUUAUGAAAAAGUACCUAGAGCUUGUUUGCAGGACUGCAGAGCAUGCUGUUAAUUCAUGAUUUCAGGUGAACACCAGCAGUUACCACACUCCACUAAAUUAUAUUGUAAUUACACUUAAAAGAAAAUAUUUGUGCCCUUGGUAGGAUGUUGUAUUUUUAUAAAAGUCAAAGCUGUUUAAAAUGUGCCCAAAAGAAAAUGAUCUUGUCACGGAUUCUAACAUUUUUUUAAACUUGGUGCCAGGAAUUCAAGAUUUAUAUUUUUUGAAUUAUCGAAUAUCUAGAUUUACCAGAUCUAUUUUUGUUUUAAUUUUCUCUAGAUGUUCAUCUGAAAAUCAUUCUAUAGUUUUUAAUAGCCAUUACAGUUUCCACAGCGAUGGCACGUGUAGUAUGUGGUAAUUCCGGGAAAGUUUUAUUUUAAACUGUUUACAAGUCAGCAGGUCUAUUUUACUUCUAAUAUUGUCAUUUGAACUUCCUAAGAAGUUUUGUAAAGUAUGUUUUUUUAAAAAAAUGUAUUUUAUUACGCUUAAAAAGACAUUUUCCAUGAAAAAUAUUUCUUUUAUGAACGAUGAAUUAUAGAGUUAAAAAUUGAGUUGGUUCCUUUCAACUAUCUGUAAUAUCCACAGUGUCCACUUUCCAGCCCUUUGUGUGGUUGUAUACAUUUGGAAGCUAAAACUAAAACACACAUCAUUGUCCACAAAAAAAAAAAAAAAAAGCCAAAUCAGAAACCUUCAUCUCAUUUGCAAGCUGAAGCCUGUCUUUGCCGCACGUUGGCCUUGGCAAGGAGGACCGUCCAGGGUGGCACAGGGAUAGGUGGAUUGCUUGUCCAAAGGCGACGUACCUGCUCUACUUUUGGAAAAGCUCUGUGUAGAGUUUUGAAAAAUCACUGUGUGGACCCUACCUCAUAUUUGAAAAGAUCUUCCCGUCACAAGUGUGCCUGCUGUACUGCCUGUAACCCAGUUUAUGAGGCAAAUAAGCUGGGUUAUUCUGGGACAGAGGAAGUUCACUUCAGAUCUCCUGCAAGCAGAAAGUGUGCCUAAAAUGUGUCGUUUUGAUUUGACUUCCAAAAAUGUGAUUCACUCAGUGUUUUAGGAAGCACCCAUGCACAACCUGAAGUUUGUGUGUACUUGCUGUAUGUGAACUAUUUAUACUUUUGAAUAGAAAUCUUUCAAAGAGGGCAGCGGGCCGUGGAGGACUGGAAAGGGGGCGGAGGCCCAGAGACCACCGGCCAGGCUGGGCCAUCGGCCCCUCACUAGGUGUCAGACCCAGGUAAGUCACUUAACCUCUCCCAGUCCUCCACUUCCUUGCCUUUAAAAAAAACAAAAACAAACAAACAAAAAUAACAAGGCCAUCUCUAUCUGUAAGUCUGUGAUUCUAAGGAGAGCAUUUAUUUUAUAUAAUAAAAGCUAGCUUUAAUAAAAAAACCUCAACAAAUUUAAAGCAUCCUUCAAGGCUUCACGUGUUCUUGACAUGUAAGUGUUCUGUUCAGAGAAGAUUAUAGAACUUGGAUAAUCCUGUAUAAAUUAUAGAGGUCUGCAACACUUUUAUUCUUAAGAUUUAAAGUUAUAUGAGGGAAAAAAAUGUCCUAUGGACUUGUUUAUCAAUAGAUAUCAAAACAUUAGUAAUUGGACAAAGGGUCUUAAAAAAUUGUGCAUUUCUUUUUCUUCUAUUAUAUACAUUUAAAUUCAUGCAUGCUAUGAAAGUGCUAAGAACCUUGGAAAUAUUAAAAUAAAUUA